AUAUAUACACAUCCGCUAAUAGGAACGACCAAAACUUCGAACCCUACCUAGGGCUCCUUGAUUAGGGUUUUCGUUUCAUCUCUCUCUCUCUCUCUGCUUCAGAGAACGACCGAGCUUGUGAAGCCAUGUACGGAUCGAGAGGGUUGGGAAGCGGGGGGGUUUCGGACGGGUAUGAGGUCGGCUCAAAGAGACAAAGAAUGACGGAAUCAAAUCCCUACUUCGCAGUGAGGAGCAGUUCAAGCAGCUUCGAGACCUAUGGCUAUGGCAGAGGAUUCCAGCCCACCACAUUCCCGGUGGCCCGUCUGAGAGGACUUCCAUUCAACUGCAGCGACGUCGACAUUUUCAAGUUCUUUGCAGGUUUAGAUAUCGUUGAUGUGUUAUUAGUGAGCAAGAAUGGGAGGUUCUCAGGUGAAGCAUUUGUGGUCUUUGCGUCACCAAUGCAGACUGAGUUGGCUCUGCAGAGAGAUAGACAGAACAUGGGGAGGAGAUAUGUGGAGGUUUUCAGGUGCAUGAAGCAGGAUUAUUACAAUGCUGUAGCAGCUGAGGUGGAAUAUGGAGAAAAUUAUGAUAAUGGCCGCCGCGGAAGAUCUCCUCCUCCGGCUCGAUCAAAGAGGUCCCUUGAAAAGGACCAAAUGGAGUACACCGAGGUACUGAAGUUGCGGGGUCUGCCUUUUUCCGUGACGAAAUCUGACAUUGCGGAGUUCUUUGGAGAUUUCAAUGUGACAGAUGAUAAGAUACGCAUUGGGCGCCGUCCUGAUGGGAAAACUACUGGAGACGCGUAUGUGGAGUUUGCAUCAGCUGAGGAAGCCAAGGAAGCAAUGGGGAAGGACAGGAUGAGCAUUGGUUCGCGGUACGUGGAGCUGUUUCCUUCGACGCCCGAUGAAUUUCGACGCGCGGAGUCGAAAUCGCGGCGGUGAGUAGCCGUGGUGGAAUGUUCUACCUCUGGUUAGUUUUUAGUCCUAGUACCGGCUGUCCUCGUUCUUCCUUCAUGAUACCGGAUUGAAAUGUGUUGUGGUACUCUAUUUCCCUUUCCUAACUAUGGUAAUGAGUUUUAGAACAUUUUCCUUCCUUGA